UUAGGACAGAAUAUAUCUCAGAACUCAAUGUAACCUACAGUUGACUAUUUUCUCUUCUUCAUGUAUAUUACAUGUGCGUGUAAAUAUUGAUUUAUAAAUGUGUUGUACUACAGGCCCGUAGCCUUUCAGUACCAGAAAUAUAUGAUUAGAAUGUACGUGUGCAUAGGUCGCGAUAAGGGAUGUUGCAACCGUUUGUCUGCUUUUAUUACGUUCAAAAGGCAGGUACAGCAAACGUCAGACGUCAACUAGCCGACACAUCUUAUAUUUUAUUCAAGUAUGCCAACAUUAAAGGCGAUAACGAUCUUCUCCCUGGCAGCGUUCAUUGAUUUUGCAACAACGACACCAACACUGUCAAUAAAGUAUACGCUUUACGGCACAACGAAAACCUGGAACGAGGCCCGUGCAGUUUGUGUCGAAUGGUCAGCAGAUGCUGAAGUUGGAUACUGAGGCCCGGUUUGAUAACUUCAUGGCGUGGAAAAAACACCUGGGAGGCCAAUGGACAACUGACCGAAGAUAUAUGGACUGGAUUACACCAACAUGUCAUCACAGACCCUACUGUGUUCAACUUGGAGUGGCAUGACUGUGAGCCACUUGGAGCCUGGAUGUCUUGGUCUAGGACCGAACCAAACAAACCAGAAACAGAAAAGUGCAUACGACUUCAUUUUACUUCUAACAAGUUCCGCACAACUGAAUGCAGUACCAACCGUCAUGUGGUUUGUCAAGAGUCUACAGAUGAAUGUACCUUUGAAAGAUUUGAUGGUCAGGACGUUGUUAUUCUUACGUCUGCCUCCUCCAUUAAUGUGAGCAUUGAUGACUGCAAACGCGCAUGUCUCACACAUACCGGAAGUGCACAGUGUGUUUCUAUAGUCUACGACAGCGAAACCACAUCCGGCGACCCCUGCAGGAUCUACACCAGGCUAAAGGUGUACAUAAAGGACAAUCCGGAAAUGACGUCAUCGUCUGGAAGAACAGUUCUCGUGAAGCGGUGUGUUCAAGGUGAUUACAUGUCGACUGCCGUAUCGGUUCCAACAAACACAGACAACGACCCAAUAACAGCGUGUCUUGUGACCACGUCAUUGACAUCUAUUAAGAUCUCAUCAUCACCUACAUAUCCAGGCACAACUAUGGAUAUUCAACUGUCUGUUUUAACCGACACUCAAUCACAGAUGAUACAUUCUUCAUAUGUAAGUUUCAGUAACGGUGGUUCUGUGUACGAAAGUGCAUUUACAUCCGCAAAUAUCUUUCCUGAGACGAACUCAAUGACGUCCAGUUCAGUGAAUUCUCCUGAGACAUCCGUCAUAGAGACCGAACCUUCUUCCGAAUCACAUUCUACAUCCACAAGUCGCAUGUACUCAGUGGCUAUUUCAAUGAUUUCCAGUUCUGUGAAGGCAUCCGUCAUUGAGACCGAAUCUAUCGAAUCACAUCUGACAUCCACAAUGACAUCAAAUAAGCUUACUCCUAUCAGCCUGUAUUCAUCAACCUCGUCCGGUGGCUUCAGAGACAGUACAUCACACAAUUUGUAUUGGAGUAAUGCUUAUUUGACGUCCUUCUCCGACAGCACAACGAUCAAAACAGCUUCUGCGUCAAACGUUGCACCCUCGGAAACUUUAACGAUGACCAUGUCUGAAUCGUCACAAAUCACCACGUUGCCUGAUGUUAUUGACACGGCAUCAUCUGAGGACACAAGACCUACAUCAACUAUUGUCAGCGAUCCUCUGGAAACGGAGUCAAGCACACAGGUUUCCAACCUGGAUCUGGAUCCAUCAAGCGUAGUGUCAAGUACUGUUUCCCCAGGUUCACGCACGCCAAGCGAGCACCACUGUGUUUGCGGAUGCAUGCACCCUCUGAUGUCGAUGGUAUUCGACGUCAAUGGCUAUCUGUUGGACCGAAAAAAUCUCUCCUCCUACAGAAGGUCCAAGACAUCGGCCAAUGAUGAUCGUGUUUCGGCCAGAGCUAUCGGCGGUUCAGGACUUGCCAUCAUCCUACUCGUCACUGCGCUCAUCGUGUGUGUUGAUGUGGACAGGAUGAUACGAGCGACGGGACAUUGUAGAAAACGUCAAGCUCUUUCAAUGUUUAGUUCCAUAUGUUGUAAAAGAGGAGAUAAGCUAUAAUCGUAUUCCAUACUACUUAGAAUCCAGCCAACCACCGCUGUUUCGAAGUUAACGAGAAGUUCACGAGAGAUAAGCUUUGAGUGUAUUCCAUACUAUGUAUUGAACAGCAAAAUUAUGUCUAAUCAAUUAUUCUAUAGAAAAUACUAUCAAUUUAACAGCUGAAAGUUG